CAUUCACUGAAUGCUCUUUGCCCCAUACUCUCUCUCUCUCUCUCUCUCUCUCUCUCAUCUUUCCUUACCUUUUGACACUGAUUGUGCAGGUUACUAUCUGUCUAUCUCCUGCAGCUAGGGUUUCCUCUUUGAACUCAACCUAACAAUAAAAAUCCAAGGAAUUCACAUCUAGUGAUUGCUGCAGUGUUUUUCUCCUUGGGAGAAUCAAAGAACAAGCACUCAAAGAGUUCACACUGGGAAAGAAAAAGGUACUGAUCAAAGAAACCUAGCUAGAUCAUAAAGAAAAGUUAAUACAUUCUGCAGCAAAGAUGGCUUCUUCCAGCCAUUCCAGCUCCCCAUGUGCUGCCUGCAAAUUCCUAAGGCGAAAAUGCUUGUCAGGUUGCGUAUUUGCACCAUAUUUUCCACCUGAGGAACCACAAAAAUUUGCUAAUGUUCACAAAAUAUUCGGUGCAAGCAACGUUAGUAAACUCCUUAAUGAGAUCCUCCCCCACCAAAGAGAAGAUGCAGUGAACUCUCUUGCUUAUGAAGCCGAGGCACGGAUGAAAGACCCGGUGUAUGGUUGUGUUGGCGCGAUCUCGGUCCUCCAAAGGCAAGUUCUCCGACUUCAGAAAGAAUUAGAGGCCACAAAUGCCGAGCUGAUUCGCUACACCUGCAAUGACAUUCCUAUCCAGUUUCCUGCUGGAAGAAGGAUGGGUCAUGAUCAAGGAGGCUCUUUUGAUCACAAUUCUGGAUAUUCUCUUCCUUAUAGCUCUCAAUGGAAUAAUAAUCCUUCAGAAGAUAACUCUGAGGGAGGAGGAGAAGGUGACAUGUAACAUCAAUCACACAUAUAUAUAUAUAUACAUAUUUAUAUAUAUAUGUGUGUGUGCAUUAAUAUUUGGAUAUAGCCUUGUGGGGUUGAGUGUUCUAUCUACUUUGUAAAACUGUUGUAUAUUCAUUAAUUGUUAUGAGUCAUGAGAAGGCCCAUCUAGCUAGGGUUCCAUUUCUAAGGAUAUGUGUUUUCGUGGUAUGAUUUGGUAUGCUAUUCUGUAAAUAGGUUUCUGAAUUAGGUCAGUAAAUGGUAAUAGAUUUCUUUUUAUCAGAGACAAUGAUAUAUGAACUUUUCUAAUCUGCGGUUGGUUGUAUAUAUAGUUAAUUAUCUGCUUUAUUGA